AUGAAACAAAUUAACAUGACAUUGAAACAACACCUAAUACAAUUUAUGAAAAAAGUCUUUUAUCAUGCUUCUAAUAAUCAACCAUAUUCAAUUGUAUUCAUAGAUUCUAUAUCAAUAUAUUUUGAUAAAAUACAAAAUCAUGUUGAAUUAACAUGUCAAUUUUCAACAGGUGAUAUACAUGAUUUAUUACGUUUUAUAAUAUUUAUAUCUGAAAUAAUUUAUAUAAAUAUAUUUCAAAAAAAAACAUCAUUUCUUAGUUGUGAAACAGAUCAAAUAAUAUCAUGUUGUAUGUUACCGAAAAUACUAUUAUCAAUAUUUGAAUAUAUUUAUCAACGACAUGGUUCAUUUAUAUAUCUAUCUGAUUUAUUUCCAUCAUCACAACAUUUAUCAAAUUUAUAUGAUGAAUAUUUUUGUACAUGGUUUGAUGAAGAUGGUGUAAUAAUAUCCUUAAUAAGUUAUAAUUUAUGUAAAUCUAGUAUAUUACUUGAACAAAGAACAAAAGAAUAUAAUGAAUUAUAUAUACAUUUAAUUGAACGUAAUUAUAAAUUAAUAACUAAAACUCAUGCAUAUGCAUCAUUUUUAUUCGUGAAGUUGAUUUAA